AUGGACCUCGAGGAUGGCUGGCGCUAUCUCGAUCGAACGGGUGAAAUCCAUGGCCCCAUAUCCAAGGCUGAGCUGCUCUCCUAUCUGCAAGGGGGCGCCAUCUCCCAUGAAACACAGGUCCACCACCACCAGAUGGGCUGGCGCUGGCUGGGGCAUGUGCUGCUGGGCUCCGGCUACAGCCACCCAGGGGGCCGCGUCUGCCGCGCAAUUGGCCGUCCGACGGCGACUCAAGGCGCAGGAGCUGACGGCGUUGUGGCGCCGCCGCCAGCAGUAGCAGCGACGGCUGGCGCCGCCGCCGUCGCCGGUACCGCCGGCGGCUCUCGACCAGUAGUGCAGGGCGUGGGUAAGGGCGCGGGCAAGGUGAAGAUCCGUAGCCGUGAAGUCAUACCAGCGAAGCGCUCCAAACCGGGGUCCUUAGGGGCCUUACUAAAGGACAGCACAGCAGCCGGCAGCGUUGCCGCUACCGCCACCGCCAGUGGCGGUGCAAACGGCGCGGGGGCAGGUGGCGAAGACGAGGCUUCCGCAGCAGCGGCGCCGCCGCCGCCGCCGCCGCCACGCCUCACCGCCGCUGCCGCCAGCGACAGCCGCGCGGCGCCGGCUGCGUACGGCAGCUGUGGGUUCUUAGAAGCCCAUCAGGAGCCUCACGCUGGAGAGCAGACUUUCCUGUUGCCUCCGGAGGAAUCGGACGAGGAAGGGAGGGUGGCGGCCCUGGCGGCUGGACCGCCGCCGCCGCCGCCACGACGACGACAACUGGCGGGGGUACGACUGCGGAGUCCGAGCCCCUUUGAAGAGCUGCUGGUGACUGAGCUACUGGAGGACCCAUUCUCACUUCGAAGCGAUUCGGAGAUAGCGGAGGGGGGGAUGACAGCUUUCGAGAACAUGAUGGACGACGUUCAGCAGGGGGCGAUGUGGAGGGGAAGCCGCGAUGGUGGUGAUGGGGGGGAGGAGGCGGCGGCGGAGGAGGAGGCGGGGAGGGAAAUGUUGCAUUUGGAGAUGCCAAUGGUGGUAACAUCAUGUGCCGGGGUAGCCGGGGCCACGCAGCCUCGAGAGCGUCAGAGGUGCUUCAGGGGACAGGGGGAGGAAGGGGGGGAGGAGGAGGGGGAGGGGUUGGUGUCACCCGCGAAGCUGCCGGUUGCGGCGGCGGCGGCGGCGGCGGGGGCGGCAACGGGGGAAGUGGUACGGAGGGCGGCAAAGCGGCAGCGGCGGGAGGAGCCGCAGCAAGUGACGCCGCCGCGACCGGCGCGGCAACAAGAAAAUCACCCGCAGCAAGGAAAGCGAGGGAAACAGCAGCAGCAGCAGCAGCAACAGCUGCUGCAGCAGUGUAAUCAGUCGAGGCAGCAACCGGAGGCCGUUGCGAAGCUGGGCCAGGCAGCCGCGCGACUGCAGACGCCGCCGUCACAAAAGUCUCCUUUCUCCGCUAAGAAGGAUCCGGCAGCCGCCGCCAAGGCCAACCGUCCCAUGGGUCAGCCGGCGGCGGCGCGGACACAGCCGGCGGACAAGAAAGUCAAAACACAGGACGACAAAACAGUCGCGAGUAAGCGACGUAAGGUGGUGACGGAGCCCGAUGACGAUGCGGCAGCACCGAUGGCGGCGGUGCAACGGCCAAACGCCGCCGCCACAAACCACGUUGCCGGCGCUGUCAAGCCAGGUGUUAAGUCCAUGGUUGGCACCGUCAUGGGCAAUGGAGGUUCUGCACGGGGUGCGGAGCGGGCUGAGUUGCUGUCGAAGCCGCUGCAGCAAAAAAAGCAGCGGGAAACAGGCAACGGAGCCGUUCGAGGUGGCGGCGGCGGCGGCGAGGUGACGGACGCUGCUGUCCCUGAAGUGGCGCGGGAAAGGGCAGCGGCGCCGCCGCCACCGGCGGCUGCUUCAGGCUCCGGCGGCGGCCGAUGUACGACACAGGGCCCACACCGUGCCGCUGCCGCCGCCGAUGGGAAUGGGGCUGCUGCGCAGGGGGAUACCGAGCGGGAAAGGUACAAAGAUAGGGUACGGCAGGCGCCGCGCGGCGGCGCGGCGGCGCAGCCGGCAGCAGCGGCAGUCAAUCAUCUGCCUUCACCUAUCAGGCUACUCGCCUCCGAACGAGCUGCCGCGGCAGCAGAUGCUACAGCUCCCCCGGGCUGCAGCUGCAGGGGCGCGACAGGUACUUCAGACAAAGGUGCAGCGGCAGCUGCAGCUGCGGGACAUUUUGACGUGCAGAACGGCAAACCGACGCAGGCACUGUUGCCGUCACUUCCUCUCAGUGGCGGCGACGGCGGCGGCGGCGAUGCCGCGUUCCGACGGUCUCUAUCGAUUGGGCCCUCGGCCCAUGAAGGCAAUGUGGCGGGGUGUACGAUGGCUGAACCGCUAACAACGGCGCUGGCGGCGGCACCAGCGGCGGCCGAAGUGACGGUGGCGAGUAGCGCGGCGGCAGCAGCUCGCAGAGCCCGUCAGGCCAUCCCCUUGCCCAAUAUUUCCGGUAUGUUGGGACGCAGCAUUGCGCGAGCUGGUCGAGGGACAGCGGCACCGCAGUCGCCGCAGCCGCAGCCGCCAGGCAAACCGGGCGGAUUGUUGGAUGCCUGGAACAACCUAGCCCCCGGGCGGCAGGAGGCGAUGCGGGAGCAGCUGGCUGCCGUACUGGAGGACUGCUACCAGUACCGGUCAGGGGGGAACCGACUGGUGGAUGCGGCGUGUGUACUGCAACUGCGUGACGAGGUGGACAGGGGCAUGCUGGCGGAGACGGUAACGGUCACCAACGGCCUCACAGGAGACGCCACCACCGUACGGGGUGUACUGCAGGAACAUGCGCAACUGCUGGCCGUUAUGGAGAGCAUCCGGGACAACAAACCCAUGCCCCAAGUCCCCUUCGUCGUCGACACGCCACUGUACGACACGCUGCCUGCUGUACCAUCCCAAACCCAAGGCAGGCGCCGUACACCCUUCCUGAAACCGAGCGGCCCCGACGGCGCUCCUACAGGCCAGGACGGCGACGGCGGCGAAGCCGACGCUGGCGGCGGGGCCGGCAAACAGCUUCCGUCAGGAUCGGCGACACUAAUGCCGCCGCCGUUUCGACAGCCCGCCACCGGCUACGCGCCCAUAUCGCAGGCACGUCACCGGCUUUACUCCAGGAGAGGUGCUGACGGCGGCAGCGAUAAUACGGCAGUGCAGGUGCCCCGUCAGGGGCCUGCCGCCGCCGCCGACGCUGCCAAUAACAACAACUGUAUUGGCGAUGGACCAAAAGGCGAGGAAAGCGAUUACUACUAUGGCGAUGGCGGCGGCGGCGGUGAUAGUCUGUACAUGUAUGAGCAGACGGAACAGGACCGUGUGGCUCCACCUCCGCCACAGGCGGCUGCGCUGCCGCUGCCGCUGCCGCUGCCGCCUCUGGAGAACCAACUCGGGAAGUCCGGCGCCCACUUCUCGGCACCUCACCACCAGCAACACCGACCCCUAUUGCAUUACCAUCAUAAUCAUCAUCGCGGCCGGGGUAAUGAUCUACGGCCGCCGCCGCUGCCGCCGCCGCCGCUGCAUUGGCAUGGCUAUGACUGCGGGGUUCAACUUAUUGACCCCGGACACACUCGCCCCCGGCCCCCGGAACCCCCUCAACUCCCUAAUGGGUGGGGUCGCGACCAGCAAGACGACCGCAGAGGGGAACACGGCGGGCAGGUCCAGGAACGGGAGAAGGAGCGCAACAAGGCAACGAAGGCUGCAGCCACAGCCGACACCGCUAAGCUGCCGCUAGCUAAUCCGACUCCGACUCCGAAUCCAACUCCUCCUCUGUUACCGAUCGACGUGCUGCCGCCCAUGCACGACGGCUUGCCGCCGGGUCUUGGACCAGGGCAUGAAGAGGACAGGGCGCCGCAGCGCGCGCAGCUACAACAACCGCAACCCCCCACGUCGCAGUCCUCCCUGGCGCGGUCGGCGCCGCUUGGCGGGACGAGUGGACAGUCCGCCGCCGCAGGCCUUCGGGUUCCCCCGGGGCUGGAGCGCGAGACUCCAACGCCUGUGGCCGUUGCCGUACAGCGACAGCCGCAGCCGCAGCAGCCCUCAGCGCAAGGGGGCCAUCUGCCGCCGCACUUGCGGUCUGCCGCGCAGCUGCAAGCCGUCGCCGAGGCUGCGGCGCCGGCGGCAGCUGCAGCUGCUGCUGCCGUACCACUGGCGGCAGUAGCACCAGCGGCUGGGGUCGCUACUGCGACUCUGGCAGAUGUGGCGAUACCGGGAUGGGGGGCAGCGGCAGCAACAGCCACGGUGGCAGCAGCAUCGGCAUCGGCAGUAGCAGCAGCAGCAGCGCAACCAGGGCCAGUGGGCGUGCGAAGCGGUACGGCACGCGCCACCCCCCAAUCUGUGCCGCCGCAGAUAUCGCAGGUACCUGAGGCUGUCACCACAACAGCAGCACCAGGAACAGCAUCUGUAACAGCACCGCUGACGUCAGAAGCUGCGGCGGGUGCGGCGACUACGGCACCUGGCGGUGCAGCAACAGGGCUGGAGGUGGCCGCAUCAGCAGCAGCCACAGCCAUCGCCUCCGACGCUGCGACUCCGGCUCUGGCGUUAACGAAGCUGAACCCACACACCCUCAACCUCACCCUCAACCUUAGCCACCGAGACGCCAGGCGACAACUGCAACGAAUGCUCCACAUGCUCAUGGUGGCAGAAGAGGAGGAGCCGGAGGAGGCAGCGGCGGAGGCAACGGGUGCAUCGGCGCUAGGCGGCUCCGCCGCCGCGGCAACGGCAGCUGUGCCUCUAUGCAACACGAGCGAAACCGAUACGAUACAACGUCAGCAAUCGCAGCAGCCUGGCCUUGGCGGCGGCGCCGCCGGCCCCCUACCGCCGCCGCCAGCAGCUGCUGCAGCCGAGGCCGCGGGCCAAGUCCCCACCACCGUUACGGUUUCCGCGACGGGCCCCCGGCUGCCAGCAUCUACGGCUGAGACCGCCGCCUUGGCCGACGUCACCGCCGCUGCCGCUAGAACCGCUGGUUCCAGGCCGAUGAUUAAACCCGAGCCGGAAGGUGACGGGCCACUGGGACCGUCGACCACCGUCGCCGCGGCAGCGGCGGCGGCGCCGCCGCUGCCGUCUCCCACUGCGCUUCCUGGACUUAACACUGUGCAUUUCAAGAUCUACGCCGUGAAUUGCUUCCUGUGCGAGCCGUACCUGCCGGAGUCGGCUUUAGAUGACUUGGGGCUGCGGAGGGACGCACACCUGCCUGUGAUGUUGGGUGGAGAUGAGGACGAGGACGACGCGGAGGUGUGGCUGGUGGGUGAUGAUGAAGACACGGAAGGGGAUGCAGCGGAGGUUGCCGGGCGUGGGGAGAGGGUUGUUCGUGGUGUUGGGAUGGCGGGUGGGGGUGCAGAGCCGGGGGCGGCUGGGCCAGCGGCAGUGAAGGGGACGGGGGUGGGAGGGGGUUACGCCACUUGUGGCACGACGGCUGUGAACGAGGCGGCGGUGAAUAUGCUGCUGAACCUGCUACGGGUCUGA